AUGUCACACCCGCAUGACGUGUGCGCAGAUUUGCGCUGCACGACGUGCUGUGACGAGCCUUCAGGGGCACUUGUGGAUACGUUCGACGUCGAGCCGCUAUCUCUUCCUCGCAAAAUGAGUCCCUCUAAGAACACUGUCUACAACAAAAAGCAAAAGACUAACCCAUCUCCUUUAACACUAAGCUCAACAGCCCACGUUCUCACCUCAACACCGCCAGACGGGACAAAAUACCAGCAGCCACAGGCUCCCGACUUUAUUGAUAUGCCAUCUCCAGCGUUGGUGCCAAAGGCCCUGACCGUUUCGGCUGUUCUUUCGCGCUCGGGGCAGGUACAUGCACUGCCAUCGCGCCAAAAUAGUCUGAACGAAAGUACAAAUACAUUGCGAAAGCGAUUUUCUACUUCAUCCUCACAAUCGGUCUCUGAAACCCAAACCCUUGAGGAAUUUCCUUUUGACCCAAAAAAAAAGCAAAAUCAAGCAGACGAUCUUAUGUCCAUGAUGCCCUCUAUUUUUCGCGACUUAUGGCGUCAAGGAACAGAGCAUUUUUUGUCGAAUAAAAAUGAAGGCGAGAGCGGGGGCGCAUCGCGGAGCCAGCGGGCGGGGAAGUACCACACCGGAAGUGCCUUGGAGGCAAUUGGUGCUUUAUUCUUGCGGGAAGACAGUGCUGGACGACUUGAUCAGCUCAGUUUGAACCGAAGCAAAAAUGCAAAACGUGCAUCAGUCUCGCAAAUGGACCUGCCAUUAUGGAUUAGGCACAUUGAAGCCGGUCCUUUGAUUCUUUUUGCUCAACAUACAGGAAGCCGCAUUGCGAAUUGGUUCAGACAAAUGACGCAGACCGAGCAGAACAAGAAGCCUACUCCGAUCCAGCCUUGGUUCACAGACGACGAUGACCUGCCCGAGACACCGCUUCUAAUGCCUGGUGGAUUUGUACGGGAUGACUCUGACUCGCUUAUGCUUCCACCACCAUUGCUAGAUGACCAAAGUAAUGAUGCUUGGAGUUUUGAAGGCCUGUUAGGUGUUCGGCGUAUGCGUGAGCAGCUGCAGCGCAAGCAAUACCUUGAUGCAAUGUCCAAGCGCAAUCGUCCUGCACAUCGCGUGGAUGCUUGGACAGCGUUUACAAACUUUGUUCGUUCUGCCAAAGCUUCAGAAGCAAGGGCUGCGUCGGCCCAGGCACGACGUCGUUCGCUCGAUGUGCCAGACAAGUACAAAAAUCUUGGCUGGCUGUGGCCUCAUGGAUCGCGUAAGGGGGCUUCGUCAACUACCACGUUCUCAGCGUCGCAACCAUUGUCAGAAGUACAGAUGCAUGGCCAAGCUGCCUGCGAUGAUGCUUUAUGUGCUCGUCCACAUACGAAAACGAAGGAUGAUCAGACGUUGUCAUUUCACAGAUCCGAAACAUGGCGUGCAUCGAGGCGCAUGUCUCUCGAGUCGCUGGAUCUUGCGAUGUCGCAUGAACAGGAACGAGAAAACCAUCUCGCCGGACAUUCUUUUUGCCAACGAAUCACGCCAAAGAGUAUGCUCAUGCAACAAGAUACAGCGUCGAUGACCAGCGGCGUGUCGUCGCUACUUCGAGAGAGCCGAUCGUCAGUCGCGGCUGAUACCACCACAUUAGGCGUGAUGUGGAUUCUGUGGUCUUAUGUGUUUGUAAGUGUGGCAUUUGUUCCGGAUUUUGUGGUGUUUUUUCUCGCACACACGCUGGACCUGGUCAUGGAUUCGUUCGAGUUCCUAUCUUAUGCAGUGUGGUUCAUUCGUUGGGUAUGGCGGAAUGUCAUGGGCGAGACGGUCCUUGGUCGCAUCUGCAUUGAAGCGUAUUUCAUGUUCCAGAACGAAUGGGAGCAUGUGAUUCGGGAAGAUCAUGAAGAAAGCGCGAAUCGAAUGAGACUCGUCUUUGGCAUCCCUCUUUCGUUCCGACCGCGUGGUAUCAGUACUUUUCAGGUACUUCGUGGCUUUAUCGAGCUUGCCUGUAUACAGAGCGUCACUCGCGAGCAAUAUCAGCGGGAGGGUGCAGGUUUGGUGCGACUGGAAUACUGGCACAAACCAGAAACGGCUUCUUUCUGCUCGCCCGCAGCAAGUGUAAAGCAUACACCUGUCAGUGUUGCUUCAGGCGAAAAUACACCAGCACGCUGUGAAGAACAUGUCUCUAGCCGCCAAGCUUAUGAGCAUGGAAACAAAUGUAAAGUUAUGAACAUCAGAUACGGCGGCGAGGAAUACGAUAAUCAAGAAGACUAUGAUGAUGAUGAUGAUAACGAUGACUUGGUUGUAACAAGUCAGUCUGUGGACAUCUUGGAACUGUCUCGUUCUCAGCAUGCAAGCACAGGAGGCGGCGAUGCUCCUUCAUACUCGAGAGACUAUUCUCGCGUCCUGUGGGAUGAAGACAACUCGAUGCUCGUCCGUAACAUCAAAUGGGCGUCACAGUUGGCCAUGUCCGCGUAUGGACUUCGCGUGUUGAUUGUAGACUUACCUCCUGUCUUCACGCCGUCGGGAAAACAGCUUCCAAGACAAACAUUUGCACAUUUGUCGCGUCUCAAAGCGGAUGAUGUUCUGCAUGCCGAUAUUCAGACCCUUGAUCUGGAAGCAACGUAUGCACCGACAUUUUACGUGGUGCGCGACAUGCGUCGCAAGGUUGUAUGCGUCGCUGUGCGGGGCACACAAAGCUUUGCAGAUAUCGUUGUGGACUUGGACAUGAAGACGGAGGACAUCACUUCUUCUUUGGCAGAAUGGCGCGGUAUCCCCGUUGAUGAAAAUACCGAGCGAUACUUAUAUCAUGCUGGCAUAUGGCGCGCCGCCAAGACGCUGGUGUCGCCGGGCUCGACCCUGUUUAGAAAGCUCUGUGAAACACUCCAUGAACACAAAGACUUUGGUCUGGUGUUUGUCGGGCAUUCGCUCGGCGGAGCCAUUGCGAGUGCAGCGACUAUCCUUUUGUCAGAGUACCAUAUCGACGCUCCGGGUACCGAUCCUCGCAAAGGUAUUUGGCGGACGACGUCUCAAGACGGCUUUCCUGGUGGGAGGCCGAUUCGGGCCAUUACUUUUGCACAUCCAUCAACGCUCUCGCACACGCUCAAUAAACGCACAACGUACGGAUCUGUCCCAUUGGUUGUCAACGUCAUUCUCGGCAGCGAUAUUAUCCCACGUUUUGGACAUGGCCAACUUCGUGAGCUUCGGCGAGUGUUAGGCGCGCUUACACGAGUGCGUCGGCGUCGAGACAUGGUCGCGACGACGAUUAGCAGCAAUCCCAAACACAUGCAGGAGGAUCAAGAAUUUUCUGUGCAUAUUGUACGCCGAUUCUGGGAUUGGCUCUCGAUUUGCCGUACAGAAAAACCAGACGCUGUCAUGCUCGACAGAAAGAAGCGACUGGAGGAUCUAUUUUGGCGCUUGCGCUGUGAGGUCGAGAAGGACCUGUAUGUCCAGGCGAAGAAUCGCUUCGAGCAAGCUCUGGCGCAGCACAUGCUCGCUUCAUCCGUACCGCUCUCGCCGUGGGUCCGCGCUGAGCGUUACGACGCGCCUCUGCAUACAUUAUCAGCGCGGCGACAGCGUCUAGACUAUGCCACUCUCAAGAGCGAGACGGUACAAGGUGGUGUGCUUGUGCCAGCAGGGCGCAAUCUGUGGCUCUCAAAUGGAGAAUUGUAUGACAUUACAAAUCCAUUAGCAUUCUUCAGUCUGCCCGUAUUACACUUUUCUAUGUUCGCGGAUCAUUUCCCUGCGGCGUACGAAGAGGCUAUCUUGGCCCUCAAGUAG